CGUUCGAGACACUCAAGGAUCGAGACUCUCGGCGCCGUUCAUUUAUAUUUAUACACAGUUUUUUUUUAUAUAGCUCCUAGCUGUUCACUAAUUCCUUACAGUAUUUUUAUGUCAUAAGUCUGAUUCAAAAAAUAUUUGAUAGUUAUAAUGACCUUAGCUGCUACUAUGGGAUAUCUCAUGAUGAUACUUUUCAUACUAAGUAUUAUCGUCGAUGUUAAAACUAUUCCAGUUGAAAUACAAGAGCUCAACACUUCUAUUCUACCACCAAAAGAAAGAAGAACUGAUGUUUACUCUUUGACAACUAUGAAUCCCAUUGAAGCUGAAAAAGAUUCUCAUCUCAAUAUGUCAAACUACGAAGAUGUUUUAGUGACGCACAAUCCACCAGGCGUCGAUGGUUUGACACUUACUCCUUCUUUGAUUACACUUCCGGUCAAAACACACGUAUCUAACCCUACUGGUGCACCACCGGACGAAAAAAGUACUUAUGUAAGCCCUUCGACGAUGAUGUUGACCACAACCGACUCCAUUGAUAUCGAAAAUGGCCCUCAUAAUAUGUCAAACAACGAAGGAGUUACGCUCAAGCCACCUGGUGUCGAUGGUUCGACACUUAUUCCUUCAUGGUUCAUACUUCCGGUCGAAAUACACGUAUCCAACAAUGCUUCUAGCCCACUAUCAGAACAGAAUAGCACUGAUGUAGAUUCUUCUUCAACGACAAUAUCGAUAUUAGAUCCCGUCAAAGCCGUUGAAAAUAUUACCUUUGUUGCGCCCAGAGACAUAGAAGUUUUAGUGACGCACAACAUAUCGGUCAUCAAUGGCUUGAAUAUUUCUUCUCUGUACAGUGUUACUAUAAACAUAAACAAUACUUCAGGAGGAUCGUUUACAGAAAAUCUAACUCAUAUAUACAAUUCGGAGAUUAUUUUGACGACCACAACCGAUUUCACCAAUACAGAAUAUGCUGCGUUUAAUAUGUCCAACUACAAAGAUGUGUGCGGAAGGCAACUUAUCCCAAUCCCUAGAAUAGUAGGAGGCGAUAAAGUUUCUUUCGGGGAGUGGCCGUGGCAGAUUUCAUUAAGACAUAAAAAGAAGUACAUACACAAAUGUGGGGCGGUAUUAUUCAAUGAAAACUGGGCUAUAACUACUGCUCAUUGUGUUAAAAACAUUUCAAUGAAUGACAUACAUCUCCUCCUCGGUAAAAACGAUUUUUCAGUAAAAGAUGAACCCUAUGGUUUCCAAAUUAGGAAAUUGCAAACAGUCAUUAUACAUCCAAAGUACAAUACUCAUGCUAUGGAACACGACUUGGCACUGUUGCGAUUUGACGAACCUGUCAAAUUCCAACCGAACAUUUUACCUGUUUGCAUUCCAGAGGACGAUUCAAAUUUUGAAGGAUUAUCUGCUCACAUCACUGGAUGGGGGACUUUGUACUAUGGUGGACUCUCGCCUGAUGUGCUACAAGAAGUAACAGUUCCCAUUAUCAACAAUUCCGUUUGCGAAACUAUGUUCCGUGCGGCUGGGUAUGUUAAGAAAAUACCGGACACAUUUAUCUGUGCGGGUUUGAAAGACGGAGGUUACGAUGCGUGCAAAGGUGACUCGGGCGGGCCUAUGGUUGUACAGCGACGCGACAAUCGCUGGGUGGUGGCCGGUAUCAUAGCAUGGGGCAUGCGAUGUGGCGAACCAAAUAGCCCUGGCGUGUACAUGAGGAUAUCAAAGUUCACAGACUGGAUCAAUAAAAUAAUAUCGCAAUCUUAAAAGACACGGCGAUCGCUGCAAGCUCGACACAUACAAUAAAUAUAUCGCCAUAAUAUCAUUCAUCGGUUAGGUGCGCAACAGCUUUGACUACUAUUAUUUUUAAAGUUCUUACGUAUUUUUUUUUCAAUUUAUAUUCGAUAAUUUAAGCACUUUGCACUAUUAUUUAUGUACACACUAUAUAGGUAGGCACUGUAGUAGUCAGUUUAAGAGAUUUAGGCACGUGUAUAUUGUUCAGGCAGUCUCAAUAACUUGUUAAUUAAUGUAUAAAGAUAAGUAGGUACUUUUAAAAUUUAGUUUUUAAAUAAAGCCAUUUAUAGUAAGUAUAGUUAAUAAUUUUGACUCCCCACCAUAUUUAUUUAUCUUAUGAUAAACUAUAUUGAAAUUGUGUGCAUGGUUGGAUGAAAUAAAACUGAAAAUGUAGAUUUUAAUUCUAAAAUCUUAAAAUGUGUAAUUUUGUGCAAAAUAAAACUUUGUUAAGAUUAAUCUAAUUCACUUGAUUAUUUUUACACA